CCUGGGUUCGACCUCCCGGAAAGAGCCGCAAAGUUCUUCCUUGCUCUCAGAGGUGUCUGAACCACAUCAAAGUACAGAGAGCAGUAUUUUGCCUUUUGAUACUACUACAGAAGGGUCAUCUCUUCUCAUGACACAGCAGAAUGAGGAUACCCACGUUACGUCAGAUGCUUUGGUAGAAAGUACUGAUCAAUACACUGAAGCUUACCCUGAUUUGAAUAGUGAUGCAACAGAAACUUUGGAUCCAACGACCAACUCUGCAAGCAUUUCUAGGGUAACACCUGGUUUGGAAACCAGCAUGGAGUCUGCUUUGUUUCCACUUAGUCCUUCAUAUGUUUCUUUCCCAGUUCACUCAGCUCCUAGUUCCAUUGUCUCUGAUACUUUUGUUACUGAUGACUUGUUUACACAUGUGUUUUUUCAUGAAUCCUCCAGUGCAACACCAAAUUUGCCUGGCAAUUUAGAAAUAUCAAGUCAUGUUGAGCUCUUCAGUGAGUUCGUGAGCCCAGUGCCUUUCACUAGACCAUAUGCUUCAUGUUCAUACUGUGACUUGACCUCAGUUCCACCAGAACAAGUUUUUUCAAUUAGACACACAGAACAUGAUGUUGGUUCGGGUGAUUAUAUUGAAACAUUGUCACUCUCAGACUCUAAGGAAAAAGGCAUUACUCCACUUACAACUGUAAUUUCUAACCUAUAUGAACUGGAGGAGUCAGCUCCCGAAGUUUUUGAUACCACAUUUCCAUCAAGACCCGUUGUUUCAUUUUCUUCAAGACUUGAAGAAGUCUUUGAGUCAGACUUUUUUUUUUCAAACAGUGUGGACAUUGGCCUUAACAUAAUGUCUACAACAAUAUUUUCUUCCUACAGAGAGCCCUCUGAGGGAAUAUCUUUGGAUAUUACUUCUGUUCAAUUCUCUUUUCCUGUUGAUGAAAUUGUU